AUGCUGUCGGGAAGCUCCUUUCCAGCGGUUUUCGCUGGAGGCCCUUCUGCUGAAGAGGGUACCGGCGUCGAAGCCAAAGCGUACUACGGAAAUGAGCCGAGACUCGCCGAACCUGAGAAGGAACCCCCUGCGGACUGCUGCGGGCCUUGUUGUGGACUCAGCGAAUCUGCUUGCGAGCGGCCUAGCCGAAUUCUUGAGAAAUGCCGAGCCGGCGCGGUCAUCGCAGAUUCGCGUGGCCCGUGGGAUGCGGCAGCCGGAGCGCCAGUGCUUUUCUUCCCCUCUACUCAGCCCUCGCAGACACAGUGGGAUAAGAGGGAAGAAGGGGACUUGACAGAACGCAGGUGCACAUCGACAACGUCCGCCUCAACCACGUUGGGGGCGAAGGAGAACUUGUCUUUUUUCUGUCACACCUCGCCGUCAUCCGCAACAACCGACUCGGACAAUACCUUCGGAUCGUUCUCCCCCGUCGCGCUUCUCGAGGCCUCGUCGUCCUCCCGGCCGUCAUCUGUCACGUCCCUGCUGUCGGCGUCACUCGUGUCGCUCGUCACGGGCCCUGGGGGGGGGGGGUGCUCCACUCCCAGCGGAGGGGGUGCGGUGAGUGGGUCGACGCCGUCGUUGUCUUUCCCGCCCUCUCAGAUGGCGGACGAGGCUCGACUCGGCGACGGCGACGGCCCCUGCUCCCCUGGCGAUGGCGACGCCGCGCAGUUCUCGAGUCCCUUGCUGACGUCAUCGCCCGCUCCACAAAGCGCGGCAUCCACUCCAGAUGCGCCAGCCAGCUUCGUCUCUGAGGAAGCGAGCCGAUUUCAGCGUCGGCAAUUCGGGCAACCCGCACUCGCGGCAGAGACGUGGGCGGCUAUCGAGCGGUCGGCUCUUCUGAAAGACGCAGAUUCGCCGGAGGGGAAUUCAUCGUGCCUCUCGUACGCGCCCUUAUGCGUUCCUGUUUGGGAGGAGGGCGACGGAGAGGAACUCCGAGCGAAGGACAGCCUGGGUGCCUGGCCAUGCCGCCGGGCGGAGCUCGAGGCCGAGACCAGCGAGGAUACCCGGCGCCUGUCAUCGCCGGGUCUCAUCGGUCCCGUCAGCCGCUGCACGAGUGGGGGCACGCCUCGCCUUACAGCCUCUGCGGCUGCCACAGAUGAAUCGGGAGAGUCUCCGACCGCCGUGUUGACAGGCAAGAUGUGCUCAGGUUCCACCGCAGCUGACGAAGAUCGCGACAGCGCGCUGCUUCUGCUAGGAGCUCUCAGACCAUCGACGUCCUUCCCGUCGCACGUGUCUCAUGCCUCGCGCUCGACCGCGUGCUGCACGUCGCCCCCCGGGUCUCCGACGAAGCUUCCCGAGAUGAGCGCCUUCAGCCCAGCAGAGACCAGAGUCGCGGGCAGUGGGAGCGAGUGGCUGAGCCCCAGCAGCGGCCGCAGCAGCGCGAGCAGCGGUAACCAGUUCUUCUCGCUCUACUCCAUUGGCGCGCACAGUCAGAGGGCGGGCGAGGGGGAAACGGGCGCGGAAGGUCUCGAGGCGCGUGAGGAGCUGUGCUUCUUUCUGCCCUCUUCGCUGGCAGUGCUGUCUCUCGACGCCCCAGCUCGGCCUGCAGACGCUUCCCAGCAAGCGUGUGCACAACAGAAGGCGUGCGGAGACCUGCGGGCGCCCGCGGGUUUUCACGGGGAGCACGUGUCGGCGUCAACCAAGGCAGCGGGUCAGGGCGGCCCUGCGUGGGCCCAGUCUCCUGGCGAAGGUCUUCGCGUGAGCCCUGGCUUUCACUCGCAGGCUUCAGUGUUGGAACCGUGCGGUGACUUCCCUGUCCCCGGUCAUGGCUACCCGGAGGAGCGGAUUGACCGCGCUCCUGGCGGCCAGUUCAACCUUCACGUCACCGCGGCAGCGUCCCGCGGGACUGGCCUCCGCGCCUCUGUAGCCACUGGCGUGUCAUCCAAUCAGAGACUCGCCUCCUCCCUCCAGCACCUAGGGACUUCCGGCUCUGCUUUUGCGGACGCUGGGCGACGCCCUUGGCACGACCCCGCCGCGUCGAUUCCGCCUUUCCAAGGCGAAGCAGCUCGCGGUCGAGGCUUUGCGGAGCAAGCUUCCGGGGGGGCAUUCGCUCACGCCGCGUGUAACGUUGCGGAUGGAUUGGCGCCGGCCUGUUCGCCCGGCUCGCUCUCUGGGCUGCGUCGACCGUAUGGGUCCUUUGGGGGCUCCGACCCCCGCGCAGCCUCCGCGGCCACCCCUUUUUUCACUCGAGGACCCACGGGAAACAUCCGAGGCCCCGCGUCCGCUGCGGGGUCUGUCGACACCGCAGGCCCCCCUGCCAGAGUGGAGUGGCACACGUGCGCAAGAGGGACGGCAGGGCCGGAAGGAAAGCAGUCGAGCAGGUACAUCGCGGCCGCGCCAGAUUUCCCGGCUGCAGUUCCGCACGGCCCCCUGGACGCGUGCUCGGGGUCGCCCCCAGCGAGCACUCUGGGGAGCGCUAGAGGGCCCGCGCGAGCGGGAGGCUUCGCGGCUCACCUCAAAGAAGAAUCGACUUGUCUUCGCCUCCAGCCAGGCAAGGCGCUACGUCAGGCGCCGGUGCCCCGUCCGCCGCGGCCCGGCGUGCCCCAUGCAGAGCCUGCAGCAUCGCUCGGCCGUGCGCCACUUGUUUCGGUCCCUUCCCUCUGCGAGAGUUUCCUGAACGCACACUCUCAGGGACCGCAGAUUAUCUCCGGGGUCGACGGCGUCCACGCGACGCCGGGGGCCUUCGCAGCGGCUGGCAUGACCGCGCCGCAGAGGCGUGUAGCCGUCCAGGGCCCUCUGGACGCAGGCAAGAAGUUUGGAGAUAUGCUGAAGCCUCCCCUCCUCGGGGCCGAGACCGCGGACCCGAAUGGGGGAGGAGUCCCCCCUCCUGGCGGUCUGAGCCCUUCGUCGCCCAUGUCGCUCACGCUGAAUCGUCUGCUGGCUGCGUACUCGGGGCCGGUUCCGGUGCACGGCUCGGCGGAUCCCUCCGCGACGCAGGCUCUCCCGGCACACGCAGCAGAUAUGGCGGCUUUUUCCUCUCUGGCUGCUGCACCGUGUCAAAGAGGUCCGCAGACGGCGAGGGCCGCCGGGGCAAUGGGCAGCAACGGCGACAAGGGGAGGCGGGUGCCGGGGGUUAAGUGGUCAGCCCCGACUGCGGCUAGAGAAAGCGCCCAGGCCUCUCGAGGAGGGCGGGUGAGAGUGCCGGGUAGUUCACUCGUGCAGUCGAUACAGCGAGCCGGCAAGUGA